CUGAAAAAAUGAGAAUGGAGAAGCUGAGAGCCACCGGUCGUUUUCUCAGAAACUCACCCAAAGUUUCAGUCUUUGAUCGGCGAUUGAGCUCUAAUUCCGGCAAGUCAAUCCACAGCUCCGCUUCAGGUUAUGGGAAUGGCUUUGGCAAGAAAUGCAGAGAUGAUGUUACGCGCAAGUGGAAUGUUAGGACAUGUUUUGGCUUGUAUGGAUAUCAGGGGAAAAAUUUCAGGGAUUGUAUGGAAAGGGGUGUUCUUGAGGAUACAAGGAGAAGAAUCCAGCAUCGAGGUUUUGGUUCGCUGCCCGAGAAGGUGCAGAGGAAUGCUUCUUUUUCGACGUUGAAUUCUGAUGAUAUUAGCUAUUUCAAGGGGAUAUUAGGUGAGAAGAAUGUAGUUGAGGAUGAAGAGAGGCUGGCUAUUGCUAAUACAGAUUGGAUGCACAAGUACAGAGGCUCUAGUAAGCUUCUGCUGCAACCCCGGUCCACUGAGGAGGUCUCACAGAUUCUUAAAUACUGUAAUUCCAGAAACUUGGCUGUUGUUCCUCAAGGUGGAAAUACUGGUCUUGUGGGCGGAAGUGUUCCUGUUUUUGAUGAAGUGGUUGUCAAUAUGAGUUUGAUGAAUAACGUAAUAUCUUUUGACAAGGUGAGUGGUAUACUCGUAUGCGAGGCAGGAUGCAUAUUGGAAAAUCUGAUUACUUUCUUGGAUAACCAAGGAUUUAUUAUGCCACUGGACUUAGGUGCGAAAGGAAGCUGCCAGAUUGGUGGAAACGUUUCAACCAAUGCGGGUGGUUUGCGCCUUGUGCGCUAUGGAUCACUUCAUGGAACCGUACUUGGUCUGGAAGUUGUUUUGGCUAAUGGUGAUGUUCUUGACAUGCUUGGGACUUUACGGAAAGAUAAUACUGGAUAUGACCUAAAGCAUUUGUUCAUAGGAAGUGAAGGAUCUUUGGGAAUUGUGACCAAGGUUUCCAUACUUACCCCUCCAAAGUUAUUUUCAGUGAAUGUAGCUUUCCUCGCAUGCCAAGACUACUUUAGCUGCCAGAAACUUCUAGUGGAAGCAAAGAGAAAACUUGGGGAGAUUCUAUCUGCUUUUGAAUUCUUGGAUAGCCAUGCUCUGGAUUUGGUUCUGAAUCAUUUGGAUGGCGUUCGCAAUCCAUUACCUCCCACAAUUCACAACUUUUAUGUUUUGAUUGAGACAACGGGCAGUGAUGAAACUUAUGAUAGAGAGAAGCUUGAAGCCUUCCUAGUUUAUGCCAUGGAAGGUGGUUUGAUUUCUGAUGGAGCUAUAGCACAAGACAUAAACCAAGCAUCAGCAUUCUGGUAUAUACGCGAGGGAGUCCCAGAAGCAUUGAUGAAAGCUGGUGCUGUUUACAAAUAUGAUUUAUCAUUACCUGUUGAAAAGAUGUACGAUCUUGUAGAUGAAAUGAGAACACGACUUGGUGAUUCAGCUAAUGUAGUUGGAUAUGGCCAUCUUGGAGAUGGCAAUCUGCAUCUUAAUGUUUCAACUCCACAGUAUGAUGAUAAGACUUUGGCACAAAUUGAACCCUUUGUUUACGAGUGGACAUCUGCGCAUCGUGGAAGCAUUAGUGCAGAGCAUGGCCUUGGACUGAUGAAAGCUAAUAAGAUUUUCUACAGCAAGCCAACUGCUACUGUGAACCUGAUGGCUUCCAUCAAGAAGAUGCUGGACCCAAAAGGAAUACUCAACCCCUAUAAAGUUCUUCCGCACUCAAUUGAUUCUCACAGCUGAAGUAAGAAACAUCACUUGGGAUUUGUGAAUACUCUUUUUGAUCCUUAAUGUUCACAUAGAGGACUAAUUAUCAUGGGAUACAUUUUCUGAAGAUUAGGUUUUGAUAGUCAUGAGAUCUCAUGUAAACAAAAGUGGGAAAUAAACUAUCCCGAGUUGUAACUACCAGCUAUGUAGUUCAAGCAUAGUAUCUUGAUCAGUCUGGCCUCCAUAACCAUAAUGCUCGCCUCCAGUUGUAAUGGUUUUUCCUUGUUCCUAUCUUUAAUCGUGUCAUAUACGAACAAUUCGACUAAGAUAAACAUGUGUAAAUAGCUAUUAAAAUUUGAAAUGACAUGAUUCUGUAGGCGAAGCUUGUUAUUCCUAGACA